AUGCAUCCCGAGCACAAAGUUGAGCCCGCCUCAUCUGCUGUCUCCACGUUAUUCUACAUCCCGUACCUGAUCUGGGAGUUUACGGAGAGCAACUUUCCCACCUUUGUUAUCCCAAACACUACCUUUGGCGUCCUGGGAGCUCUCGCCGGCUCUCACCUUGCUGAUGGCCAACUCCCUUCGCUGUGGCAGUUAUCUCAAGCUCUACCCUUAGUCGUCGCCUUCAACUGGUAUAACGUCUUGAUAUUCGACCUUGCAAACCAGAGAUCCGAAGAAUCAGUCAAAGAAGAUCUAAUCAACAAGCCCUGGCGACCGAUCCCAUCCGGCAAGAUUACCGGGGAACAGACAAGACGAUCUAUGCUGGUGGCAGUUCCGAUCGCCCUCGCUCUGAACUACUGGCUAGGUGUUUGGAAGGAAGGUGUCUUCAUCCAGAUCCUUACCUGGCUUUACAACGAUCUCAAGGGUGGAGAUGAGGUAGUACGGGAUCUGAUUAUAUCGAUUGCAUACGGGUGCUUCAACCAUGGCUCGCUGCGUAUUGCGCUCGGAUCACAGGCUACCGUCAACCAGGAAGGGAUGACAUGGAUCCUCAUCAUCAGCAGCGUCAUCCUUACCACUAUGCAGGUGCAGGAUCUCAAAGAUCAGGAGGGCGAUCGAACACGGGGGCGUCUGUCCAUUCCCUUGCUCCUAGGCGAAAAGUUCUCACGCUUCUCCAUCGCAAUAUCUGCAGCUGUCUGGUCCUGCGUAUGCCCAUUCUUCUGGAAGCUCCCACCAUUGGCCUACGCCGGACCAAUGGUAAUUGGAGCCGUCUUGAUGACGAGCGUCUUGUUUCGAAAGACGGUAAAGGCAGACGACCAAUCGUGGAAGAUUUGGUGUCUUUGGACAAUGUCUCUAUACUCCUUGCCAUUGUUUACGUUGUAA